CCGAACAAGCAGCGCAGGCACCAGCCAGUCAGCAAGUCAGCUUGUCAUCAUUAAUCGGGUAGUGAGCAAGUGUACAUCGCUAGAGGUUUUGCCAAUAAAACAGCCCAUACUUCUGAUGGGCGCUCAGUUUCUGUCUAAUUAAUUGCAGUACAACAUCAUUGCGCAUCAUAAUUAACUAAAAAGUAUAAUGUCAACUAACACGAAACUCACGUUUCGCUCGAAGUUGACGCGGACUGAUCCUCAUGAAUAUCCUGUACUUAUCAUUGGGCAAGUGAAACAUCUUAAUCUACUUAAAUUCAGUGAUGUGAAAGCUAAGUUGGAACCAAGAGUUUCUGAAGAGUAUUUCAGAAAUGCGGUUUCUAGUCUGCAUCCUUCACCAAGUGACACUUGCUCAUUGUAUUUGAACUUUGCAACAAUCGCCGCGCUUCCAAUUAAAUGCAGCAGGCACAACACUCCAUCAAGAUGCCACACUCUUACAAGACUGGUGCAGAAUUGUACUGUAAAUGUGGAUGAAUCCAUUGUGGUGGUUUGUGAAAGGAAAGAUUUGUAUGCGAGUGGAUGCGCUGUCGCCCGUGCUUUUCCAACUUAUUCUAGGAAAACUGCAAUCAACACCAGUCAGGUCAAUGUGUCUGUUGAAUUUAUCAUUGUACCUAGUCAAGAUGAUAAAGAUACUUCUACCGAAAUUACGCAGGGGGACAUCGCUGCUCUCGAUGCCGCCGCUGUUGGCAUCCGCACCGCCGCGCGCAUUGUCGACGCACCAUGCAAUGAAAUGAAUGUUGAUGGUUUCCUCAAGGAAGUUGAGAAAAUCGGCGGUGUGCUCGAUAUCAAACCACUGAUUAUCCGCGGAGAGGAACUGCAUACCAAAGGUUUAGGCGGUAUCUACGGUGUAGGCAAGGCAGCUACUUCACCGCCAGCAUUAGCAGUCUUGAGUUACACUCCUGCGGGUGCGCACAAAACUGUCGCUUGGGUUGGUAAAGGUAUUGUUUACGACACCGGUGGUUUAAGCAUCAAGGGAAAAACUGCAAUGCCAGGAAUGAAACGUGAUUGCGGCGGAGCCGCUGCCAUCUUAGGCGCGUUUUAUGCUGCUGUGAAAAAUUCCUUCACGCAAAACUUGCAUGCCGUGUUCUGUUUAGCUGAGAACGCUGUAGGGCCAACUGCAACUCGUCCUGAUGACAUACACACUUUGUAUUCAGGACGUACAGUCGAAAUCAACAACACUGAUGCAGAAGGACGUCUUGUAUUGUCUGAUGGCGUGGUGUACGCGAAAAGGGACUUGAAGGCAGAUAUUAUCUUAGAUAUGGCGACGUUAACAGGUGCACAAGCGGUCGCUACGGGCAAAUAUCAUGCUGCAGUGUUGGCAAAUAGCGAGGAAUGGGAGGAUAACGUUGUUGUUGCUGGAAGGACUUCAGGGGAUUUAGCGUUCCCGCUUCCGUACUGCCCUGAGUUGCAUUUCAGUGAGUUUUCAUCUGCGAUCGCUGAUAUGAAGAACUCUGUAGCUGACAGGAACAACGCGCAAGCAAGCUGUGCUGGUUUGUUUAUUGCGUCGCAUCUUGGGUUCGAUUUUCCGGGGGUUUGGAUGCAUGUAGAUAUGGCUGCGCCUGUGCAUGCAGGCGAGAGAGCAACCGGCUAUGGCGUAGCUCUUCUUACAACUUUAUUCGGCAAAUACAGUAAGCAGCCGCUUUUGAAUUCAAUUGGUCCUGAACUGGAUGUUGGGGAUGCAAGCUUCAAUGAUGAAACAUGUGCCAAGAAAUUGAGAAUUGCUUAAACUUCUUAUAAUAUCUUAAAAUUUAGUUCAAACCUAAAGGCUUCAAUAUAUUUAGAGUAGUUUAUAGAUCAGUAUAUUCCACUUGUAUCAAUUUAUAUGAUGUCAGUUGCACUUUCAUACUUUAAUACCUCAAAAACUUAUAAAAUUUUCAUAAAUCGAAUCAAA